AUGCGUCGUUCACGUUUUGCAUUAAGUUCACAGUCUUCUGUAACCCGUGCUGCUCCUCAAAAUUCUCCAAAGAAAAAGGCAUCUCCUAAAAAACUUCCGAAACCAGAACCAAUCGAGAAAUCUGAUAUUACAAGUCCAAUUCCAACCCCAGUACUCGAACGCUCAAUAAACACCCAGGAAGAAUCAUUCCAAAAUAUCGAAGAAGAGGAAGAAGAGCUUAAUGAAUACGAGGAAGAACUUGAUGAUUUGGCCGGCCUAACAAGGCGUGAAUUGCUUGAACUUUAUCGUACAAAAUACAAUAACUAUCUUAAUAACAUCGAUAAAGUAUCCGAGAUUAUUGAAUCAAAACUUUCAGCAGUUUAA